GACUACCAUCAGAUAGAAGGAACGGACCUAUUAAAAUCGAGUUUCAACAAAUACUUUGACGACCGAAUCACACUACAUAUAUUAGGAGCCGAAUACUAUAAAGAAAGUCAAAUUGAUCUUAUAUAUAGUCUGAAACAACAAACUUCCGUCCCACUUCGAGAAAAAUACUAUCGAUACUAUAAUAAUCGAUUGGACGAAUUAAUUUAUCGGUUCUGCAGAAAGGAGCUUCCGAACCAAAGAUUAUUUAGACCAGAAUCUGAUUCUGAAGAAGAAAAUCAAGAUUCUAUAUUAAAUAUAACCGGAUACGAAGAAGAAAUAGAAACAGAACAAAUUCAAUACGAACAAAUCUUACCUGACGACUCAGAUCCAGAAGACGACGAAAACUCUGAAGUCACCGAAGGAACAAAUAAUCAACCCAAUUAUAGUUCCGAGGAAGAACAUCAAGAAUUUCUAGACUUCGAAUCACCACCUGAAAAUUUAAAUUUAAAUAUUCCGGAUCCGUUAGAAACUAUGGCAACAACAAUAAUAGAGCAAAAUCUAUAUGGGAAAGAAUACGAUACCCUUCAGGUCGAGAACGAAUGGGAAAACGAAGCCGGACCAAGUCAAACCACAAAACCCCCGACCAAAUCAUCAACAACAAAACGAUAUAACUUCGGAGGAAAAACGAAUAAUGAAGACCAAGAAAAAACUGCAUCACCAAAAUCCACUAAUCUCCUUGAUGGACUAAAAGCUUUGGCAAGAAAAGCGAACAAGGAUGAAGGAAAAGAAGAUCCAGACGAUGACUCGGACAAAAACAAACCUACGAAAUUGCCAUUUCCAGGCUUUGGAAAAGGAAAAGGAAAGACCACCGGAGGAGUUGGUUCAAGUUCUAUCGCGUACAUUCAGAAAGAACACCGGAUUCCAUCACGAGUUGAACCGAAACAAGAAAGCCGACGUACGAAUGACGAUAUACAAUGCCAUUAUUGCGGAAAGAAAGGACAUAUGAUGAGAAUUUGUCGCACCAGAUUAUUUGACCAACAAAAACAACGAUCCAAUCCCAAUCCUCAAUACACAAGGCUUAUGAAUAGAUAUCCCCAAAACCAAUCGAUGUAUUUGAAUCCUAGAAUGCCACUUAGGCAAGGAUUCCCAAGCCAAAAUUACAGUCGAAAUAAUUCAACAUAUACGCCAAGACAAGAUAGAGAAAGAUUCCAGGGUAACCGAUCAUUUGGAAGUCAGACCUAUACCAAUCAACCACAAAACCAGAGGAUGAAUCGAAAUAACAUCACUCGAAAUACCCAACGAACUUAUUUGGCCAAUAAUCAGCUAAUUGAACAAAACGAAUCAGAGGAAGAGAUCGAUUCCGAAGAAGAGGAUUCCGAAGACGAACCUAUUAUGGUAUCAGUAACUACUUCUGUUAAGGAUCCCUAUAAACCGGAAAUAAGUUACCUACCUGAAUCGCCUUCCCACUACACCAUUCCUCAACUUCGAAACAAAAACAAUACUAGAGAAACUUCAACUUCAACUAGAGGAUAUCAACGAAAAACCAACGAUCGUCAGAAACCGAAACGACACCCUAG